CACCUACUGUAUUUUCCCUUAGUCAAUUUUCUCAAUCGGCCUCCAAACACAUACUAGUAUACUACUACUACUAAUACUAUAUCUAAAGUUAGCCCACCAAAUAAAUUUAACAUUUAAAUAAAAUAAAUGUAAAUUUUAGUAUUUAGUUACAACUUCAAAAACAUACUCUUAUUUUAAAUUUUACUUACCAAAAAAAAGAGGGAGAAAAAUGGAGAUGAAAGUGGCAACACUAGACCACACGAACAGCAACUCCUCAACACCGUACAUGAGUGCUGCUUCAAGCCCUCGCCGCGGACGGUCGCAGCUCGACUUCUUCUUCUACAGUGCGCCAAGCAGCCCUCGUUCUUCAGCUUACUUUAAUAAUAAUGAUCAAUCCAUGUUUGAUGAUGUGUUGUUGUAUGAUGAUUAUUCUGCACUUCUAAAGCAUGAUCAUUCUGGUGGUGGUGGUGGUUGUUCAUCUGUGCCUUUUGGUUGGGAGGUUAAACCUGGAGUUGCGAAACCCAACAAAGUUGAAGAUGAUCAUCAAGAAGAAGAAGAAGAGGAUGAUUUUGAGUUUGAGUUUAGUGGGCAGUUGGAUAAGAUGGGAAAACCUUCUUUAUCUUCUGCUGAUGAAUUGUUUGAUGGUGGUAAGAUUCGGCCAUUAAAGCUGAAACCACCUCCUAGUUUGCAGAUCAAUAAUGACAACAGUAGCAGAAUCAGUUCAGAAAAUCCUUCUCCUAGAUCGCCCAAAUCUGCAAUGUCUAAGUUUAAGGAUGCAAUUAGUGUUUCCCCUAAACAUAGGAGAAAAGGGUCAGAUUAUCAUGACCCAUUUGAGGCUGCUAUUCGCAACACCCGGAAUUCUUCUGGUUCUGGUUCUGCUUCUGGUUCUGCUUCUGCUUCUGGGGUUAACGAUGAUGAUAGCAAAUUCCAAAACAGAGGUAGAAGCAGAGAUAUGAGUACUAAUUUGAAUAAAAGAGGCGGCGGCGGCAGCCGGAAAGGCAUCAGCCGCUCUCUGUCACCACUAAGGGUGUCGGAAUUCGCUCUCCUCCACCACCAACAACAACAACAAAAUCAAAAUCAAAAUCAAAAUCAAAAUCAAAAUCAAAAUGAUGGAAGCACUAGCAGUUCAAGCAGGUUUAUAGGAAGGGGUUCAACUAGUACAAGUUCAAAGAAAUGGAGUUUAAAAGACUUGUUUUUAUUCAGAAGUGCAUCAGAAGGGCAUUAUAAGGAUACCCAAGCCUUUUCAAAGAGAUGGAGUCUCAGAUCAUCGAUUCAUAGUCCGGGUUCGGGUUCAGUUACCGAAUCAGGAUCCGUUUCGAAACGGAGAGGACAAGCAUCAGCUCAUGAAAUGCAUUACACUACAAAUAAAGCUGUUGCUGAAGAAAUGAAGAAGAAGACUAGUCUUCCUUAUAAGCAUGGUCUUUUGGCUUGUUUGGGUUUUAGUCCUGUUCUUCCCCAAUUCUCAUACGCUUUCCCCUCCUCCUCCACUCUUUCGUGAUUUAUUUCCGUUAAACCAAACAGAGCCUUAAUGUAUUGUUUUAUUGAUUAUGUAUUGGUUUAUUUGUUAUACUAUUUUGUACC